AGUCCAAUGCGUGGCUCUACGGUCACACUUGUCAUAAUAUAUUGUAUUUUGCAAUAAAAUAAAAUGGGAGAAGUAAAACCCGCUAAAGUGGAAAACUAUAGCGCGGGGACCGACGCAAAUACGCUGUUUGUAGAUGGGGAACGGGUUCUGUGCUUUCAUGGCCCGCUCAUUUACGAAGCGAAGGUGCUGAAAACAAAGCCCGAUGCGACGCCGGUUGAGUACUACAUCCACUACGCGGGCUGGAGCAAAAACUGGGACGAGUGGGUGCCAGAGAGCCGAGUGCUGAAGUACAACGAUGACAACGUCAAGCGCCGACAGGAGCUGGCGCGCCAGUGCGGCGAGCGCUCUAAGAAGGAUAAUAAGAAGGGCAGCGCAAAGGCCAAGAAAAUGGAGCAAAUGCGCAACGAAUCUCGUGCAUCAACGCCAUCAAAGGACAGCAACACCUCGCAAUCGACCGCUAGCAGCGCACCGACGGUUCCGGGCAACAAAUCGGACGCCGGAAGCACCAGCAGCACGACCACUAACAGCACUAGCACCACUACGACCAGUCGGGCCAACCGCAAGUCCACACAGUCGGCGGCGGCCACAGCUCGGCCCGGAACACCCAGUGAGAAAAAAGAAGAUGCCGCCGCCGCAGAGACCACAGAGGACGAGGCAGUCACGCCGGUGGCGCCGAAGAAGAAAAGGAUGAGCGAACAGCGGCCUUCUCUAACUGGCAGCGAUGUGGCAGACAAGACACCGGCGCCCACCACCACGCCAUCCACACCCACCACGGAGCCCGCACCUUGUGUGGAAAGCGAGGAGGCCUACGCCGCCAAGCUGGAGGUCAAGAUCAAGAUACCUGACGAACUGAAGCACUAUCUGACCGACGACUGGUAUGCUGUGGUGCGGGAACACAAGCUGCUGGAGCUGCCCGCCAAGGUUACUGUGCAGCAGAUCUCCGAGCAGUAUUUGGCGCACAAGAAGUCAGUGAAGUCGACCAGUGCCAGCAAGGAAGUGGCCAUAAACGAUGUGCUUGAUGGCAUUGUAGAAUACUUUAAUGUUAUGCUCGGCUCCCAGUUGCUGUACAAAUUCGAGCGCACCCAGUACGCGGAUGUGAUGCAGAAACAUCCGGACACACCGCUGUCCGAGCUGUACGGAUCCUUUCACCUUCUCCGCCUGUUCGUACGGCUGGGAUCAAUGCUAAGCUAUUCAGCGUUAGACCAACAGUCAAUGCAGAAUCUGCUCGUACACCUGCAGGAUUUCCUCAAGUUCUUGGUGAAGAAUAGUGCCAUGUUUUUCAGCAUGAGCAACUUCAUUAACGUGGACCCCGAAUACGUGCGAAAUGCACAGUAGGCAAUCAUCUCUCUUUGACUUGAAGUAAAUAUUUCAUCCAAACAAUUUGCAAUAAUUCAGUAGUUGCUUCUAACAACUGGUUUGUAAAUUAAAACACAAGUAACAAUGUUUUGUAAUAAGCUAAUGGUAAUGCUAAUAAAAUGUCAGCACCUUGUAAAAAUUA